AAGUUCCAUCCACCUCCAACCUCACCGUCGCCCGUCAAACCCCCCCAUACACAACCCGCCAAAAUGGAGAACGAGAAGGGAGAGAUCGUCGAUCUCUACGUGCCCCGCAAGUGCAGCGCCACCAACCGCAUCAUCAAGGCCAACGACCACGCCUCCGUCCAGAUCUCCGUCGGCAAGGUUGACGAGAACGGUCGCUACACUGGCGAGAACAACACCUACGCUCUGUGCGGUUUCAUCCGUGCCCGUGGUGAGAGUGAUGACUCCUUCAACCGCCUCGCUCAGCGUGACGGAUACCUGAAGAACGUCUGGGCUGCUUCCAGCCAGCGGUAAAUCGCUUGACUGCAGCGGAUGUUGACGGGUUGAUAUGAUGACGAACUGCGGCUAGAUGGUCCAGGUUCGGGGAUUGGUGAUGGAAAAAAAAUCAGGGAGUUGGGGUAAGGCUACGGCUACCUCUCCUUCGGCCUGGAAGUUUCUUUUUUUUAGUCCCAUGGAGAAACCCUGUUUUCCUACUGUCCUAUCUAUCGAAAUGAAUGGAAUCGACGACUUUAAUGGGUCAGGUUUUUUCUCACCGAUUGUUCAAUUACCCGAGGUUUUUCCACGAUAGAAGGUUUCCCGCCUAGGAAAAACGAGGACUCCCGCCAACCUUGCAUUCUUGUGUUCCCAAGGCAAAGCAAAAAACAAAAAUGCCCAAAAUGAUAUUCUUAAACAUUUCAACCCCUUCUUCCCUAGCCCUUAUUUCCUUUCACCCUUCUCUUGCUGGUUUAUACCAGUCGGCAUAUCAAGGCCUCCUCACCCUUGUAGACUAGGAAAUCGGAUCGUUCACUCGUUCUGUGUUCCCGACGUCUGCUUCCAUGAGCGAGGGGGUAGAAACAAUACUUCUGUCGCCGUAUAUUAUGAUCUCCGCCUACUGAAGAGCCACUUUUGCUGAGUUUCAUGCACUGGGGCACAGAUACGGGUGGGACAUCCAUAUCUAGAACUUAUGGUUCAAUAUGAUUCGAGGAAUGUAGUAGUAGUAGUAGUAGUAGCUCCGAGAUUGUGACAGGUGUGGUUCCUCCAAUGGGGUC